AUGGUGGGUUAUGAAUUAAAAAAAUUCAAUGGAUAUCCUACUGAAGAUCCCGAAGAACAUAUUGAAGAAUUUAGAUUGUGGCUUGUAGGUUCUGGAAUAGAUAUAGGUGCUGGCCAUGCUAAUAGAAUUAAUGCUCAUGGUGUUUUUAUAGCAUCUCUCAAAGGUGAUGCUAGAAGAACCAUCCAUGGAAAAAAUUGGGAAUUGAGAAAUUUACUUGAUAAUACAGCACAAGCUAAUUUAGGUGCAGUCCAAGGGCGAACAGCGCCCCAGUUAGGCAUACAAGCAUUAAAUCGGGCUAAUGGACAAGCUGGCAAUAUUGUAAUUCCAGCUCAUACAGUAUUUGAUGAAGAUUGGUCUUUUGCUGAUGGACGACCAACUGAUCGCUUACCCAAUGCACCCAAUACUAAUACAGGUAAUACUGUAGUUGUAGCUGGAAUUAGGCUUGGUCAGGUAUUAUAUUGGUUUAAGACUAAUUAUCCCACAGUUACCACUGAAAAACAGCAAGUUCUCUUUGGUACAACUGUUCAAGGAGCUAGGCUUGCUGGUAUUGAUGAACAGCAGAUUCGAUUACAAUUUCUUUGUGGACUUUCACCCGCAAAUCAAAUGGAAGUUCAAUGUUUAGGAAUUGAAAAAUCUGUGAAUGAAUUGCUCCCACGACUCGAAGAAAUUGAAAGAUAUACAGCGGAACAAUUAUCUGGAGCUUACCUGCAUUCAAACUCAGAUUCAGUAUCAUCCAGUAAAGGUCAUGGAAAGAAUAAUUACUCAAGCAAUAUGGGUAUGAGUAGAGAUGAAAUGGAAAGCUUUGUAAAAUCUAUUAUAGCUUCAUCACAAUCUCAACCAGUUUUGCAAACUACCUCUUCUAAAUCUCAGGAAAAUCAAUCUAAUCAAAUCACGCUUUCACAAGAUGAUUUCAAAAAAAUUAUAGCAGGUUUAAGGGAACUAUUGCUAAAGGACAACAGACUUUAA